UGAGUGGUUGGGACUUAGGGAGGGUGGACAGAGAUAAGUGAGAGAGGUCUGCAGGAUGGGAUCAUGUCAUGCCUUAAGGACGAGGUAAGCUCUCUGGACCUCAGCUGGCCUCAUGGUGAGUUCAAGGCCCUAAUCCAGUAGUCCAACGGAGUUCACGCCACCCUGAGCCUGGAAAGAUGGUGUCACAGUCUAUGGGCCGGCAGGAUUCUCCUGUGCACCCUUGGGAAGGGGUCAGCAGUGACCCUGGUGAUGUUGAGGAUUCGCCCAGUCUCCUGGACACUGACCAGCCUCCUUGCAAAUCAGACGUCAGGUUCAUGAGGCACAGAGCUGCCUGGAUUAACCCCCAGUGUGCGCAGCAGCAGCUACAGGAUUUGCCCCCUCAGGUGCCGACAGCGGGGAACGGUGGGAACCACUUUGGAAGGGAUACCGCCUGUUCCCUGGGCCCUUCACCGUCGUCCCUUGGGGACUCCAUGGUGGAGACAUCGCUGUCCAAGGAUACUGCAGACUCUGCCUGGGGCUCCGGUGACAAGAGCAGCAACUUCUCUUUUACCUCCAAGGGAGAGCAGGCAGUGCUCCCAGGAAAGUCUCCUCAGAUGUCUGUGUUCACAAGCUCCAAGGCUGCCUCCUCGUGUCCGGAAGCUGACAGCGCUUUUUUGAAGCCUUCCCAUCUGACAGCUUCCGCUGAUGAAGGUGCUGUUCCAGUCGGUAGAAGAACCACUUCUUUGAAUUCCUUCUCCCCAGAUGCAUUCUUGCUCCCUGUCGAUGUAGAAAAGGUGAACACAUUUUUUUGCUGUGCUGUGUUACAGGGCAGCCCCGUGGCUGGGACCCCCACUUACUGUGAUGUGCUCAAAGAAGCCUGUAAAUGUGACUUCGAUGACUUUGUUGUCGUAGAAGUUGGUGAGUUUAACAAUAUCACAGAAACCUGUGGAUGCCCCUGCAACUCCUCUAAGAGUGUCACUUAUGAGCCAAACUUCAAUUCUGCUGAGCGAAUAGCCAAAGAGUUGUACCGAGUAUUCCGGAAGUGCUGGGUGUUGUCAGAAGUUAAUCAUCAGCUGGCAGGUUCUCCGAAUGCAGCUGGCUCGAUCGUUGUGAAUGAAGAGCGUGUCCGAAAAGACUUUGAAUCCAGCGUGGAUGUAGUUCAGGAAAUUAAACUUAAGUCGAGGAUCAGAGGGGCUGAAGACUGGACGCCCCCUAGAUUUCAAAUCAUAUUCAGUGUUCACCCACCACUCAAGAGGGAUCUCGUGGUAGCAGCCCAGAAUUUUUUAUGUGCUGGCUGUGGAACUCCAAUAGAACCUAAGUUUGUGAAGCGGCUGCGGUACUGCGAAUACCUGGGGAAGUACUUCUGUGACUGCUGUCACUCCUACGCGGAGACCUGCAUCCCUGCCCGGAUCCUCACCUUGUGGGACUUCAGGAAGUACUACGUCAGCAAUUUCUCCAAACGGCUGCUGGACGGCCUAUGGCACCAGCCGGUUUUCAAUUUGCUGAGCGUUGGCCACAGCCUGUAUGCCAAGGCCAAGGAACUAGACAGAGUGAGGGAAACCCGGGAGCAACUUUUUCAUAUCAAGAAGCUGUUGAGGACCUGCAGGUUUGCUGAAAGCUGUGUCAAGGAAAGGGCUUCAUUUGUGAAUUUUGUCAGAGUGCCGCGGUCAUCUUCCCAUUUCAGACCGAAACGUGUAGAAGAUGUUCAGGGUGUAGAGCCUGCUUUCACAAGCGGUGUUUCCAGUCGUCUGGGUGCCCCCGGUGUGCGAGGAUCACAGCUAGGAGAAGACUUUUGGAAAGUUUACCCUCUGCGGCAUCAUGAUGCCCCGAGCAUUGUGAAAAAGACUCUUCAAUAUGCCUCGUAACACCAAUUUGUGUCUAUUAUUGAUAAUGUUGUUUUAGAUUUUGAGUAUUGUAUAUUAAGAAGGGCCGAUAUUACAUAUAUUUAAUGUUUUCAAAAGAAUGCAGAUUGUUUGUUAUUAAGCAUUAACUUGUUACUGGUGGUUUUGUUUACACACGUUCAAUGUUUUUGCUGCUACUGUUUUUUUUAAAGAGUUUUUCGGAUACUUCCUAAAUUGUAUUCGAGUGGUUGUGUAUACCUAAUAUAGGAUCCUAUUUUUUUUUUAUGAAUUAUCACUGACAAGACAGAUGACUCCGUUCCUCUU